GUUCAGAACCCGGAGGUUUGACGCGGGAAACGAGAGAAUAGAGGUAAUAGAUCACUUUAUUAUCUGUUGGUUUGUUUAAUUAAAUAUCUGCAACAUCGGGGACACCGACUGUACAUUUAUAAGGCCUGUCUUCACCCAAAAGAUGGGAGACACUCUGGAGUUUAAUGAGAUUCAUCAAGAGUCGAAAGGAUCUUGGAAUGAUGGCCGGCUGAGGUUCAGCAAGCAGUCUGUGGUCUAUAAAAGCAGUAAGACAGGGAAAGUGGACAGUAUCCCAGCCCCUGAAAUCUCUGUGGCCCAGUGGCGUCGAGUCUGCCUGGGUCAUGGAAUCAAACUGGCCACCAGCACUGGGCACGUCUACAAAUACGAUGGCUUUAAAGACACAGAUUUUGAGAAGAUUUCUGCCUUUUUUAAAGCAAACUACAAGGUUGAGUUGACUGAGAAGGACAUGUGUGUGAAAGGCUGGAAUUGGGGCACAGCCAAAUUCACAGGGCCGUUGCUGUCAUUUGAUGUGAGUGAAAGUCCUGUUUUUGAGAUCCCACUGGCCAGCGUUUCCCAGUGUGCAACGGGAAAGAAUGAGGUGACGCUGGAGUUUCAUCAGAACGAUGAUGCAGAGGUGUCACUCAUGGAGGUCCGCUUCUAUGUCCCACCCAACACUGGAGAUGAUGGCUCAGACCCUGUGGAGGCAUUUGCUCAGAAUAUUUUGUCAAAGGCAGAUGUUAUCCAAGCCACAGGAGAUGCUGUGUGUAUCUUUAAAGAGCUUCAGUGCCUUACGCCAAGAGGAAGGUAUGAUAUUCGUAUCUACCCCACCUUCCUGCAUCUGCACGGUAAAACAUUUGACUAUAAGAUCCCCUACACCACUGUACUGCGCCUCUUCCUGCUGCCACACAAGGACCAGAGGCAGAUGUUUUUUGUGAUCAGUUUAGAUCCACCCAUUAAACAGGGUCAGACACGUUAUCAUUUCCUCAUCCUCCUGUUCUCCAAAGAUGAAGAGCUCAGUCUCACUCUCAACAUGAGCGAGGAUGAGGUGGAAAGGCGUUUUGAAGGGAAACUCAGUAAAAACAUGUCUGGUCCACUCUAUGAGAUUGUCAGCAGGGUCAUGAAAGCUUUGGUCAACAGGAAGAUCACCGUACCUGGAAACUUCCAGGGUCACUCAGGAUCACAGUGUAUCACAUGUGCGUAUAAGGCGAGCUCAGGGCUGCUGUAUCCUUUAGAGAGAGGCUUUAUCUACGUGCACAAGCCUCCAGUUCACCUGCGCUUUGAAGAGAUCUCCUGUGUCAACUUCGCUCGAGGAACCACAACCACCCGCUCCUUUGACUUCGAAAUAGAGACCAAGCAGAAUAAUCAGUACACCUUCAGCAACAUUGAGAGGGAGGAAUAUGGAAAACUCUUUGACUUUGUCAAUGCCAAGAAACUGAACAUUAAGAACAGAGGAUUUAAAGAGGGCAUGAAGGGCAUGAAAGGUGCAGACGGUUACAGUGACUCUGAUGAAGACCAGCAUGAUGCUUACCUGGAGAGAAUGAAACAGGAGGGCAAGAUCAGAGAGGAGGGAGAUGGCAGCGACGAAUCAGAGGGCGAUAGUGACGAGUCCUUCAACCCUGGAGAAGAGGAGGAUGAAGUUGCAGAAGAGUAUGACAGCAAUGCCUCAGUGAGCGAUAGUGAGGCAGAAGAUGGAGACAGUGAUGAUGAAGGCAAGAAGAAGAAACCUGAAAAGAAGCCCAAGAAAGUGGUCAAGGAGAAGAAAGAGAGGAAACCACGAAAAGAGAAAAAGGUCAAGGACGUAGGUGCUCCUAAGAGGCCGAUGAGUGCCUACAUGCUGUGGCUCAAUGGCAACAGAGAGCGCAUCAAGAAGGAGUAUCCUGGCAUAUCAGUUACUGAGAUCUCCAAGAAGGCUGGAGAGAUGUGGAAACAACUGGGCAGAGACCAGAAAGAGGAGUGGGACAAAAAGGCAGAAGAGGCCAAGAAACAAUAUGAGAAAGCCAUGAAAGAGUAUAAAGAGAGUGGAGGAGGAGGAGGAGGAGCAUCGGCUGUUCCUAAAGAGAAGAAAAAGAAAGGAGGGAAGGCAGAAACUAAGAAGAAGAGCGCAGGAGAAAAAGAGAAAAAGAAGGAAAUUGGAAACGACAGUUUUAAGAGUAAAGAGUUCAUCUCCAGCGAGGAGAGCUCAUCUGAAUCUGACCACGGCAAAGGCAAAGGCAGCAAACGCAAGGCUUCUGAUGAAGAUGAGGAAGAGGAAGCUGCCUCCACACCACCCAGCUCAGAGGAGGAGUCGGGGUCCGACUGAUAUCAGCACAAAGACAUUUCCACAACAUCUCAGGUUACACAAACAAAUGUAUGAUCUUGGACCAAGACCUCCCGCUUCAUUUCAGAGUACAUCCCAAGCACAUUUAUUUCACCUAUUUCAGAUUUUUUUUGGUUUCUUCUUUCGGACUUUGAAAUAAACGGAUACAAUUAUUUUCCCCCCUCUUGAGAGCAACUUCUGCAAUAGUUUUUUCCAGGUUUCAUAGAAACAGACAUAAUUCAGGGAAGUGUGGAUCAAUUUGCUCAAUGUGAGUUUUCCCCUCUUUUUAGUUUUUGAUCUGUUUCUUUUCAAUAUAAAGAACUGUACUUCAUUAAAUGUCUUCGUUGUUUUGACAUCAAUGUUGUACUUUAAGCUAUCAAAUUGUUGAUCAUUGUUUUGCAAUAAAAAUUCAAUG